AUGUCUUUGUGGUUCUGCGAACUGCAAGGGCUUCUUGAACUAAAGAUACCCAGCGCCACUGAAGGAGAUGUCUACAACGUAAUCUUGGCAAAGUUCGAACGCUAUUGUUACACUAUGGCUUUCCUUGUCUUUCGGGCGGCGUUCAAAAUUUGGUGCAUCUGCGAGGCGCUGGUGAUUCUUAUCUACAGGAGUUUUGUGCCAGCAAAUGGAGCACAGGCGUGUGCGAAGCGCAGAGUAUACGCCUGGGGUAUGACAUGUAAGAAGAAGGAUCGGACGAAAGACGGCCGACCAGCCAGAAGACCAAAAGAAACUGACAUGCCCUCUCUUCUCAUGAUCGUGAUUUUGUGUCGCGACAUCUGCGUUGGUAAUGAUCCCAGUACCCGCUUCUCACCACAUUCCCAAUGCUCGCAUGCAAUGGGCUCUGCAUACGUUGAGCUCAUUGCCGAAUCCAAUGCGAACCGGGAACCUGGUCGAACAAUGUCAGAAUUCCAAGUACUUAACGCGCCAUCGACGUUCACCAUGAUGGAAGAAAAGCAUGACGCUCUCGUCGUAGGUCUUGGCUUCGGUGGUCUGUACUCUUUGUGCCUGCUCAAGCAGCUCGGUCUCGACGUCAAGGCGUCCACACAACGCUUCUUGGAGAAGCUGAAGAAAUCGAAACUGACAAGCCUCACAGGCACAUGGUACUGGAACAAAUAUCCAGGCGCCCGCAGCGACGUAACAAGCGACACCUACCGCUGCUUCUGGAACAAGGACUCUCUCAAAACCUCUCCAUGGGAACGCAACUAUCUUCUGCAGCCCGAACUCCAACCCUAUUUACGCCAAAUCGCAACCAAACACGACCUCUACCGCCACAUCGCUUUCAAUUCAGACCUCCAAUCAGCCCAUUGGGACGAGACCAACAAAGUCUGGCGAGCCACCACUUCCGACUCCAAGACUUAUGUUGUUCGUUACCUAGUCACAUCCCUAGGAAUCACUCACAAACCCUACAUCGCCGUACUCCCUGAUCUCGACACGUUCUCAGGACGAAUCACGCACAGAAAUGGAACGACGAAAUUUCUUGGGAAGGAAAGAAAAUCGCAUCUCGCCGAAAAGGCAGGCAUAAAUACAUCCUGCCCGCAAAAUACCGAAAAAUCUCCCCGGCCGAACGAGAAGUCCUCAAACGCAGACUACGAACAACUUUGGCACCAAGUUUUCACAUCAGCAGUAGGAUUCGGAUUCCCUGAACCCAACCGUAAGACGUUUGCCGUAAGUCCCGAAGACCGCGAACAAAUCUUCCAAGACCUUUAG